CCGGCACCGGCACCGGCCCCGGCAUCAGCCCCGAGCCCGGCGCAUGGCGGCCCCGGCAGCGGCCGGCACCGGAGGCAGCCGGUGAGCCCCGGUGACACUGCCGGUGACACGGCCGGUGGCACGGCGGGACCAUGCAGGCGGAGGCCAGAGGGGAGUUCUGCAGCCGGGAGCAGCGCCCCGAGCUUGGCAAGGAGCCGCUGGUCCCGGAGCGCCCCGCAGGGACCCCCACGCACGGCCCGGCCCAGGAGCCCCCCCGGGUGCCCGCGGAGGAGCAGGGGGGCAUCCCCAUCCCCAGCGCCGGCCUGCUGCAGGUCACCGAGCGCCGACAGCCGCUGAGCAGCGUGUCCUCGCUGGAGGUGCACUUCGACCUGCUGGACCUGACCGAGCUGACCGACAUGUCGGACCAGGAGCUGGCCGAGGUCUUCGCCGACUCCGACGAGGAGAACGCGGCCGGAGAGACGCCCGGCGGGCUGCAGCCGCCGCCGCGGGCCGGGUACCUGCGCUCGCCCUCCUGGACCCGCGCGCGGGAGCAGGGCCGGGACAAGAAGCACCUGAGUGACCCCGAGCUGCCGCCGGGACCGCCGGGACCGCCGGGAGCCCCGGACGCCUUCCUGCCCGCCGAGCGCCCGCGGGAGCCGUAGGGACAGACCCGCCGGGGACACCGGGACGCGCCGCCGCCGGUCCCGUCGGUACCGAUGGAGCCCGGCCCCGGGCGCAGGACUCCCGUUAGCCCGCCCGGAGGGCACAGGCGGCCCCGGCGCCGCGGCGGGGACGUACCGGGCUGCCCUCGGCCGGUGGC